UUUUUUAUAGUACUGGACGUUCAUAUUCAAUCCUGGGUCGAAUUUUGCUUCACCUUUUUUUGUUCUUACUCGCGGUGCAGGUUAUGCCAAUCCGCAACAAGCUAAGGAAGUCGAACAGCGCUACAACGGCAUCCGAGUGCUCGAAGGAGUUGAGGGACCUGCCGGACGACGACUACAAUCAGCUGUUGGCCUCGGUUGCUAAUUGGCCAAAAAAGGUGUUUAUUUCGGACUCGGGAGUUUUGUCUCCUGGGGCGGGAGCUGACGAAGGGAAAAGCGGAAAGAAGUUGACACCCGCAGCACAAUCUUGCCUUGAUAAGAUAUUUGACGAAGUUCGAAGUGUGUCCAUCGGCGAGCCCGAUUUGGGAACAUUUCCCGAGUCAUCUUCUUUCAUGUCAAGAAGGGUUGAUGCAUACUCAGCUUUCACCCCAACGAAGAAAAAACCAGUGCGUUACGAAAAAGAAGACAUGAAAUACAUUGAUGAAGACAACGAUGUUGAGUUGAUGGAUUUGAGUGGAACAACAUCUACUCGUACAUUUAUUCGUGGUAAUCGUGAACAUACAGCUACUGAGUACACAGACACUGAUGUCGAAAUGGGCUCAUCGCACUGUAUCGAUGACAGCCGUCACAGUGUUUUGAAUGGAUGGAAUGAGAAGGCCCUAUUACGCAACGGUAGACUUUUGAAUCAAACGCAAACAAUUUUAGGACCACAUAGUGAGGGGGCGUUUUAUCCAAUAAAAUCGUUUGUGGAUGGAACUGACGAGAUUCCGAGUUUGACACCAGUAUACGAGAUGCCGCCUCAUUCCAAGUCACUGCUACCAACUCCACAGGAAGAGCUAUCAAGUCCAACUGAGCCUGUGCAGCAUCAGAACGGAGUGACCAACAACAUUGAGGACGUGAUCGCGAAAAAUGCCAUACAGGACGUCGUUGUUCCUACUACCAAGUCGGAACUGGGCAAGCGAAAAAAGAGUAAAAAGGAUAAAAGCAAGGAAAAUGUGAUUAUGGCCGAGAAUGUACCCGGUCAUAUGGGCCAACUGCCCGUCGAGCAGCUAGUGGAUCUAAUCGAAGGUAAACCGGAACAGAACAACAAAAAACAGAGCGCCAAAGACAAGUCCGAGGUCGCCACCGACGAAGCGACGAUCCAGACGAAGAAGGAGCGCAGACGCAAGUCGAAGGAGCUCAAAGAGGCCGCUUCGCCGUCUGCCUCGAACGCCGCCACCAUCGGCGCAUCACAGACGAAAACGGGCGGGUCAACCGCCGCCGCCACCGCCGCCGCUGCCGCAGCCGCCGCCGCUGGUGCUGCUUCUUCCGCCGCGCCGGCUAACACGUCGCAACCGCCGAAAAUGGAAUUUACGGUAGCCAGCAAACGUGUCACAUCGCCUGGAACGGAAAAGCGACGUGGAAAAGGAGGUGCAGGUGGUGAGCGCAAUGUUCGGUGUUCUACCGAGGAUGCCGAAGAAGAAUUUUUGAGUGCUGAUGAAGGCGUGGCAUCAUCUAUUGGGGACGAUCCGUCCGUACCCGCUUCCAUGGUAGCAUCCCUGGCAAUAAACUCGAAUUCGCCGAAAGGAACUACUACGUCAGAUGUAGUGCUGGAUGGUCGGAAUUACAGAGCGGAUGAUGAAGACGUCACACAGAUUGAACGCCAGUUUGCGGAUGAACAGGAAUUUAUCACAGUGAACACGAAGAAAAAGAAGUCGAUGGAGUUUAAUGGGAAACAACAACAACAGCAGCGUACAGGAUCGGCCGGUAAAGAUGAACGCCAUCAGCGUGCGAUGGCUGAACGAUUAGAACCUGCACGUCGAAGUUCUCUGGGUAUCACAGCCGAGUCAAGAAAUUCGACAAAUGGUCCUUCAUCUGGACGUCGUCCAACUACUGCAUCCCUGGCUGACUUUUUGGAUGAAAAGGAUGGUGGUAGAGUUCAUAGCAAACCCACUUCGUCGACAACCGCUAAAACUGUGAAAAAAGUUCAUCGCAAUGAGAAUUCGGCGCGGCAAUCGCAGCCUGAUGUUGAAGUUUCGCUACCUGAACUGCCGUCCGGUCCAGCAGCAGAGCAGAUGUCAAAACCUGCUGCUUCACAGAGCGUCAACAGUGAUUCUCCCGAACGAACGUUCUCAUAUGCUGAUGCAGCUAAGAAAUCGUCCGAGCCUAGUCGUGAUAACUCCCCUGCUUGCGUAGCUGUUGCGUCUCCAUCGGCAAAAUCUGAUUCACCAGCUCCACAGACUCCUACUCCCCUCAAUUCUUCUGAUCAGUGUGGUGCUGAAGUGUUGCCCUGUGCUGAUGUGGCCGCAAGAGGCUCUUCGAGUGUAGCUGAUGGUCUUUCCUUUUUCUAUGAUGAAAGUGAAGCUGCACAGUGUGACCAGGAUGAAGAAGAUGGUGAAACUGGCCCAGAUGGCGCAUUUGUGCUAAAUCUAGCUGGCAAAACGGUUCGAUUUGCCAAAGGCAUGGCAUCUCCUGCUGUGGAUACCCCUCCCUCAAAUAGUCGCCAUAUGUGUAUGGUGGAAAUGUUAGCACAGCGAUGGAAAAUGUUUCAGGAAGGAAACGUGCCGAAAAUCUACCAACCCAGGAUCGCAUCUUCCUGAUGAGUGCCCACAUAUGCUAUGCUUUGCACAGUUUCACUGUCUGCUGGUUGAGCUCUACUAUGUAUUGGCUUGCCUUAACUCUUUCGACCGACUUCUAUCUAUCGUGUGAAGAGUAGUGUCAGUGUUUUCUCUGCAUAAUUAGCGAAUUUAUGCGUCUGUAGUUUCCUUUUUCCUUGUGUUCCGAUUUACUUUCAAUUGAUCCGCCGAUUGCUUUCACUGUUACAGACUUGUCCGUUUUUGCGUCUUUUCCUGAUCAUUUUGACGCAGUCCAUCUUUGUAUUUUUUGUACUUGUUGUAGAGUACUCGGUGACGAUCCUAAUAAUCUUCUUUUAGUUCUUCUAUCCCAUUGUGUAGCGAGAAUGUAUUCCCCGACUUUUUAGUCUAAUCAUGAGUCCAGUAAUCUUUUUAUGUCUUGUACCGAAAUGUUUCCUAGAUGUAAAGUCAUAUCUAAAAAUAUUUGCGCGUUACUUUCUUUCCAAGUAUUUGUUAUCUGUUUUUUACUUUGUCAGAGGUCCCAAUGUGACUAUUUUCUUUUUCUUCUUUGUGAAAAUCUGGAUGGAGCAGCAGAAUUCGAUUAGUUGGCUA